ACUUCACUGCAAAUCUAGUCCCUGAUGCUCUGUCACAUGAAGGCUACACAGGAAGAAGCACAACUUGAAAAACUGAUUCUUAAGAAUAGUUGGUUGGUCCGUUCUCUUCAUAAUCUCAAUUUCAUCAUCAUUUUCCUGAAAUAGUUCUCUGAAUCACUAGGAAGUCAUCCACGUGAUGUCGAGUCAUUACUUUUUGGCACUUUCUUCAAGUUUUGUGUUUCGUGGCGGUAGGCGUGUAAGUUACAGACAUGAGCAUUUUAUAGCAAAGAGAGAACCUUUCAAGAGUAUGUGAUGUUAAACUACGAUCGCUAAAUCUCCACUCUUGAGUCCAGCUGUGAUGGGCUGCACAUUCCAACUGUCAGUUUCUUGAGCGCAGUUCCUCUGAAUGAAGUUAAGAAAGGAGGAAGUAAUUCAUUUUUUCCGACUAUAACCAUUUGACUACUGUCAAGGAAGGACAGAUUGUUAGAAGUAGCCUUGCCGUGAAGUUCAUUUGGUUUGAGAUAUUUUUGCUCUUUAAACAUGUGUACAUCUGCUUUGGAGGCCGCUGAGUUAACGAAACUACACCCGAUGUGGCAGGGUCCGUUGGCUGUCCCGGGGGGAGACCGCCAAUCGCCCAUCGAUAUAGCGGUGCGCAAGACGCAGUGGGAUCGGCAACUCAAGCCACUGGAGAUUAACUACGACCCACGGACCUGCCAACAAAUCUGGAAUAACGGUUACUCUUUCAUAGUUGAAUACGACGACACGACCGAAAGAUCAACUAUUAAGGGAGGACCAUUGGAAGACCAGUUUAGACUCUGCCAAUUCCAUUUCCACUGGGGCGAGUCCAAUGCUUGGGGGUCUGAGCACUCCAUAGACCGACGGCUGUUUCCUGCAGAGCUUCAUCUGGUCCACUGGAACUCUGACAAGUACAGUCUGUUUGAGGAGGCCGUGAUGGAGGAAAACGGCCUCGGUGUCCUUGGAGUCUUCCUCAAGUUAGGGAAGAGGCACGAAGGCCUGCAGAAACUUGUGGACGCUCUACCUGCUGUCAGGCACAAGGACAGCGUUGUGGAAUUUGGCCGCUUUGAUCCCGCUUGCUUGCUGCCAGAGAACACGGAGGACUACUGGACUUAUGCCGGGUCACUGACUACACCCCCCCUUACGGAAGCGGUCACCUGGAUGGUCAUGAAGCAGCCAAUUGAAGUCAGCCAUGACCAGUUGGCUGUGUUCCGUAGUCUACUGUUUACGUCGGCGGAGGAGGAGGUCCAGAGGAGUAUGGUGAAUAACUUCCGGGUGCAGCAGCCUCUGUGCGGCCGGAGCGUCCGCUCAUCCUUCAACCCCUUCCACCACGGGGACCCCCCUGCCCUCUAAAGCCCCCGUCCAUGGAUAUGCUGUCCAAUCCCGUGAGGACUUUGUUUGCGAGACGUCCCUUCCGACCAAUCACCUGUCAGCAUAUCAAGAAGGCAGCCCAUCACUCCAGUGGCUCUUAUUGGUGUCAUGACCAGGAAAUUCUGCCAUCAGACCUCAAGAAAAUUAGCUUAUGUUGUUUCACAGGCUUUUAAACUUUUAAUAGUUCUUAUUGGUUUUUAGGAUUGUAGUGGUUUAGGAAUAGGAACUGCCAUUCGCUAGAAUGUUCCAUUCAUCUGAGUUCUGAAUGCUUCUAGGACUUACUUACAAGGACUGGCAAACCUAUCUCUAUGCAUGUUUGUGUGAGUUGUGCACUUGAUAGAGGGCACCUUGUAGCCUGUAGCAGAGUUAUAGCGCCCUCUAGUGUGCUGGACUGCACACAUACAGUCACCCUUAAGUUGCCUCAAUCAAAUCAAACAGCAUUUUUAAUGUCAUUUUUUUUAAACACUUACAACACUAUUGGCAGCUUCCUGCUCACUUCCAGCCUUUUCUAAUGAUGUCUCCAUAUCUAUGCCCUUCACAUGCUCGCCCACUCACUCACACACUCACAUACUCUACUGAAGCUGUUGAGUGCACAAGAGUGAUCGGUGAAGCAAACGCACAUAUACACACACACACACACACACACACAUAAAGAUUACAUUGACACACAACACGUACACAGACAUUCUCUCUCUCUCUCUCUCUCUAUCUCUCGCUUACAUACACACACACAUGCACAUUACUAUUAGUGCACAAUCAACAGUGCUUAGUUCAUCAUGUGAUGCCUGCAGAAAAAUCCCCUGCCUCUUCACAACUAGCUCUCUGUAUCUCUCACCCUCUGUGUGUGUGUGUGUGUGUGUGUGUCACACAUCAGUCGUAGAUCAGAUUUCGGUGGUGCACCAGAGUGCACCACUUAUUUAUCCAAUUGCGGCAGAGGCUUGGCUAGUGCUGGUGUUGUGCCCUGCCUGUGUGUGUAGUCUGUGUUAUGUUAACUUGUACAGACUGUGUGUAUGUGUGUGUGUAUAUGUUAGUGUUGUGUGCGCACUAGUGGUGGUGCUUUCUUCUACUUGUUUCUGAAAUGUUGUGUACAUUCGCUCCACUCAUCGUGCCUCUCCUUCCAGUGAAGUGACGGCUCUUUCACCCGUUGAAAGUGCAGUGGAGCAACAUCCAUCUGGUGUCUCUGCUGUAAUUACAACUUACGACCAUCAGGGGCAGCGUUGCUCCAUACAUCCAGUAAAACUCCAUCUGAGAGGGCAUAGCUCAGGCUGAGUUUUGAUCAGAGUUUAAAGUUUAGGGUUUAAGUUUAGGGUCAGAGGUGUAGACCUACCUCAUAUGUGACUUAGGGGACAAGUCUAAAUGGACUCACGAGGGACCAGUUGGAAGAAUUAUACUUCACAACACCCUGCAUUCCAGGCCAGUUUAUUUUUAUUUUUCUCACUGUGUGUAAUAUUCACUGGGGAAGGAAAGGGCUUUGAUGGAAGAAGUCAGGAGGAGGGUUGUUUCUGUUUGGUGUCCGUUCUUGUUGGAUUUCCAGAUUUCUGUUCAGACAUGGUGAUGGCAGCCGGUUCCUCAUCCAUCCAGAAGGGCUGUGGUGAGCGCCAGGUGCAGAGAGCAGCAGGAAGGGGGGGGGGGGGGGGGGUCUAG